AUGAAUCCCAGACGCAGAAAGUACUGGUACCUCUGCAUUCCUGUUACAAUUGUCAUUGUCAUUGUGGUUGUCGUGCUGGCUCUGUUCGUCGCCUUCCCUGCAAUCGCACAAAACACUAUUAAUGGUAGCAGCAUCAACAUCCAGAAUGCUGACAUCACCUUUGGUAGCACCGGUUCUGUUAGCAAACGCGAUGUUACUGAUGGAAACUCAACCUUCAAUUUGGAUAUGAAGAGCAGCCUUUCUAAUACUGGACCUUUCUCGGCGACAAUUACUUUUGAUACCAUUGAUGUUUAUUAUAAUGACACCAUCUUGCUUGGAUCCAUGAACCUUCCAACUGCACACGUUAGCGGAGGCCAUGGAGAACUGGACGCUAACACUGUGUUCACCGUAGCAAACCAAACAGAUUUUGGAAACUUUGCCAAAGACAUGCUGGCAGUCGAUAGCUUCAAAUGGACGCUCAAAGGAGGUGCCUCAAUCAGCGCACUCUCACGCACAGCUCACGUAAAUUUAAACAAGGAAAUCACACUGUUUGGUAUGGGUGGCUUCCCCAAUGUUACUAUUACUUCUUUCAAUCUUCCCUAUAAUGAUCCUGCUGGUGGUAUCCAUAUGACCCUCGGAACCGUUCUUGUUAAUCCUUCUCCUAUUGGUGUCCAACUUGGUACCAUCCACAUGUCUGUCGGAUAUCAAGGCGUCUAUCUAGGUGAUGUUACAGCUACUAAUGUAACUCUUGUGAAUGGACCGAACACUUUGAACUUCGAAGGCCGUAUGGUUCCCCUCACCAACCCGAAUGAUCUUGCUAUUGUUAGCGUUUUAUUCUCUAACUAUCUUGCUGGAAUACCCUCUAAUACCACUGCAACUGGCGUGUCUGCUGCUCCUGACGGUGUUCAUGCUGUCUCUUGGUUAUCUCAAGGUCUUGAAUCUGUUCAGCUGGAUGUUAGUCUUGCUCCUAAUUCUGCCCUCCAGAUCAUCACUGGCGUCACCAUGGGUGAUUUGGAUCUAGUAUUCACUAACGCCACUGCAUACUCUCCUGCUACCAGUGCGCCUAAUGUCACAGCCAACUUUGUGAUGCCCUUUGGCUUUUCCAUUAAUAUUACCGAGGUUACCCAAAAUAUUACCCUUGGAACUCCCACCACUGGCCCUAUUGCCAAUUUGAACUCUGGUUACGUUCAAUCCACUAGCAACCAAACCACUGGUACUCUGGCUUUUGCUCUCAACCAAGCUCCUCUGAUGGUCAUUCCUGGAAUGGAGACGGCAUUCAAUGAUUUCAAUGCCAAUCUUACUCGUUUGGGCUUGUUCAACUUCACUAUUGCUGGAAAUGCCACCAUUGGAGCUCAAACUCCUAUUGGUACUGUGCGACUCAGUAACAUUCCAUUCAAUACCACUACAUCUUUGAAUGGUCUUCAAAAUCUCAAUACUACUAGCACUAUUAUCAACAGCAUUGAUGUUACUGGUGGUACUACUGAUGGUCUCCAACUGGCUAUCUCUGUUGGCAUGGAAAACCCAUCUAACUUGCAAAUUGCCACGGGCGAUGUUACUUUCUUGAUGAAUGCCGGUGAUACUCAAGUGGGCACUGUUACUUUGCCUAACUUGAAUCUUACCAGAGGUCCAAACACUGUUAUGGCUGUUGGUGCUUUUAAUCCCGCCGGAUCGGAUGCAGGCCAGCAAUUGCUCACUACUUUCAUCGAAGGUAAACAAAACACUGUCGGCAUUAACGGUUACAACGGUACAACCAUUGUUGCCUCUCUUCAGGAAGGUCUUGAAGGCAUCAUUCUAUCAUCCAUCAUGCCAGGCUUGAACGCCACAAUUGUACAAGGAGCCAGCCUUAGCAUCUUGGACGAUACCCUUACCACCGGUUACGCCACCACCUUCGUCACUAUUGCUAAUCCAUUCACUGCUGGUAUGAGCAUUACUCAUGUUAUUUCCGCUGUUACUUACUCCGGUAUGCCUGUUGGCAACAUUGACUCCGAUCUCGGAAGCAAUCCCAUCGUUGCAGGAGGUCAUUCAAGUGCUACCUCUGGAGGAAUUCCAUUGAAGAUGAACUUGGAGCCGGCCGCUGUGGCCUUGCUUCUUAGAGCCAACGCUGUAUCUGCUGGAAUUGAUGUUCAACCAUUGGACGCUUUGUUGACUAUGGGAGGUUUCGACAUUCCAGGACAGCAGCAAGUUAGCGCAUCCGCUGAAGUAUUCAAUGGUUUCAACGUUGUAGAUUUUGUUACCAAGGCUCUGGCUAACCUUCACGUUGACUUGCAAUUGGUAUCCACUGUUGUGAUUGGUCAAUACACGGACGAUUUAUCAUUUGUUCAAAACAAUAUCGCAUGUAAAACAGACUCUACUGUUUCCAAACUCAUCCCUAUUGUCGGUCAGCCUAUUGUGCAAUCCAUUGUCAACUCGGCUGUUCUCUCAUUCGACAGUAUCAUUCUCUCUAGUCCCACGAACAGUAACUUCCAAGUUCAAAUGAAUGGUAAACUCACCGGUACUGGUCCUUUCUCUGCCACCAUUUCUUUCCCUACUCCACUCAGCGUUGCCUGGGAAGGAAGAACUCUUGGUACUGUCAGCAUGUCCAACAUCCAAACUCAGCCUGACACAGGUGCUACCUUCAGCGUUACUGGUACUUUCAGUAUUACUGAUAAUGGUGCCAUGGGUGACUUUGCUGCAUACAUGUUGAACAACAAUGAUUUCAGCUGGGAGAUUACUGGAAAUUCUGUAUCUGUCACCGCUCUGGGUUAUACUUUUACCGGCUUGUCCAUGGUCAAGGAUGUCUCGCUCACUGGUAUGCAAAGCUUUAAGGACGAUGUCACCAUUACUGCCUUCAAUUUGCCUGCCAAUGACCCUAACGGUGGAAUUGUACUGGAUGUUACUACUGCUAUCAAGAACCCCAGUACUGUUGGUGUCGAUCUCUCUGGUAUUGCUUUUGAAUCUUACUUGGGCAGUGUUGAUCUUGGUCCUCUUUCUUCAGUUGGCGGUGCCAACUUCCCACCCAAUGGCCAGUCCAGUGUCAAUUUAACUGGCAGUUUGCAAUCUCAGUCAUCAUCACAAGGAUUGAGCGCUAUUCAGACCUUGUUCACCAACUUUUUGUCUGGUAAAGCAACCUCCCUCACUGUGAAAGGAAAAUCUGCAUCCGGUCCAUCCGGUCAAGUUGACUGGCUUACCCGUGCAUUCGAAAGUUUGACCAUUGAUAAUGUUGAACUACCUGGUUCCUCUGGAAACCUGUCAUUGAUCCCUGCUAUUACUCUGAAAGACUUGUCUCUUGACUUCACCAAGGGUGCUUACUCACCUUUGUCUUCUUCUAAUGAUAUCGAAGCUACUCUUCAGUCACCAUUCGGAUUUCCCUUGGAUGUUACCAGCUUAUCUCAAACCUUGGCUGUUAAAGUGGGUGGCAUGACAAUCGCUAAUCUCAAUAUUCCUGAAAACCCAGCUACCACUACUGGAACUACAGUUAAAACUGGAUACACGGACGUCACUUUUGCUGUUCCUUCAGAUGCUCAUGACGUCUUCAACCAAUUCACUAAGGCUCUUACUUUGACUGGAAAUAAUACCUUUGAACUAUCUGGUGUUGUUAACGCUCACACAGGUACCAAUGCUGGAGCUAUCCAGCUUGGUUCCAUUCCAUUCGAUGUUCAAACUUCAUUGAUGGGUAUGUAUACUUCGUGUGUUGUCACAAUUAAUAGCAUCUCCAUCAUUGGUGCUACUGCAAACUACGUUGACACCAAGCUUUCUGUCACUUUGAACAGCCCAUCGCCUAUUACUAUCUCAGUUGGUGAUGUUACUCUUCGAGUCAUCUAUAAUGGUUACGAUAUUGGUCCGGCUAUUAUUAAAGACCUGGUAGUCAAAAACGGAGCGAACACUUACGAUGCUGACUUCCAGCUAACUCCAACCGCUGAUACCCAGCAACAAGUGGUUCUUGCCUCGGUACUGUCUGGCUAUUUAAUGCACCAAACAUUCCAAAUGCAAGUUACGGGUACAAGCGAAUCAACAUCCGUGGAUUCUUUGAAAGAUGGCUUUGCUGGCAUAUCUCUGGCUACCUCUUUGACAGGCAUUGAACCUACACUUAUUGUUGGCGCUGCCAUCUAUACUCUCGAUGGAUGUGGCGAGACUGUGUGCAUGGGUACUACGUUUACUCUCCAAAAUAGUAUUGAUACCGAUUUUGCCAUUGAGUCACUUCAAGCUGCCGUCUACUUUAUGUCAGCCGACCUGAACAUCACAACUCCUACGCAAAUAGGAAGCGUUCAAUAUACAUUUGAUCCAGUCCUCUCCAUUCCUGCCAGAGGUCAAGUAACAUCUACACAAGUACCAAUUGCAUUCGAUCUCGACGCUAUGGAUUUAUUGGGACCACUAGUUAACUUGCUGACCGCUCCUCCGUUCGGUUUUUAUGUCAACGUUGCCCAAACUGCUGUUAUAACAGUUGGUUCAGGCGGACCUUUCCACGGUGCUCUUCAAUACUCGCAGAACAAUGUCUGGACCAGUAGUAUUCCAUUGGCCCAAUCUAUCGGAAUCGAUACCUCUGGAUAUGGCACGUUACCCAAUGUCACUACGCCUAAUGUCCUCAGUGCCAAUGCAUCUUCCAGUGUUGUCAGCUCUUCAAUUCCCGUUUCUACUGCCUCUGCUCCUAUUUCUACUGCCUCUACUCCUGUAUCUACUACUACUUCUUCUGUUGUUGAUACAACAUCUGAUACUACCACAGCUACACCUGCAGUGACUACAACAGAUACUACCACCACAACUGACAGUAACACCCCUACUACUACUACCGAUUUGAGUACCCCUACUUCUACAACUGAUGACGCUACCGUCACAGAUUAG